AUGGCAUCCAAUUACGUUGCAGAAAAACCAAUAGAAAAAAAAUAUCCUUAUGCGAAUUUUGCUGAUGUAGACAAAAUCAGAGAGGCACCAAAUGUCCAUGAUUCAAUAAAGACUAUGCAAUUGAAAAUUGCUAGUUUGAUGAAUCAAAAUAAAAAUGAACAUUCUUUAAAAAAAAACGUAAAUUUUAAUAUGCCUCCACAAACAGAAAAUGUAGAUAAGAAAAAGUUCAGUACAAAUAAUUCAGCUAUUGCCAAAAUCCUUAACAAUAAAUUAUUUCAAAGAAAUUCAUGCCCCAAUAUUUCGACUCCUAACAAUAAUAAUAAUAUUGAUGAUAAAACUAAUAAAGAACCGAUUUUAGGUAAAAAUCCAAAAUCAUUUACCCAAUCAAGGAUCUCAAAUAUAAAUAAAAUGGUAGAUGAAAAUUAUAAAAAAAAAUUAAUCGCUGCUUUACAAUCGAGGAAGAAUAACUAUGAUGAUACAACAAGCAUAGCUUGUGAUAAUACAGAAAAAAAUUAUAGCAUUGGUACAAAAAAUAUGUCAAUAAAUAAAUCAAAUUAUUCUAAUUACACACAUAUGUAUAGCGAUAAUGAAGAAAAUAACAUUUGUAUAGAUAAAUUUCAGGAUAAUAAAUAUCCAAGCUUGGUAAAAAAUAAAACAAAAAAUAGGUAUUUCAAAAAUAAAAAUACACUUACAGAUGAUUCUACCUGUACACCAGAUGAAGAAAAUAGUAAUAAUGAAUUACCCCAAAAAAAAAAUACACAUUUUUUUUUUAAUUUUUUUAAUUUAAAAAAAAAAAAAAAUCGUAAUUUCAAAAAUGAAGAUAUCAAAAAAAUUAGUUCCAAUGAAGACAAACAAAAGGCUCCUAAGGAUCCAAACAAUUUUAUACCUCCUACAAAGAAUAAGAGGAGUCUAAAAUAUUUAUUUUUCCAUUAA